CUGGUGUCUAGCCCAUAGUGGGCGCCUAAGAGGCAUUUAGGGUUGCGUGCAUAUUUGGAUCCCAUGAGACCCCCGAGACCUUAAAAAAGCUGUCCUUUGGUUUUUCUUCUGGGUAUCUCCGCCCUCUACUCAAAAAUCGUCUGCUCCUCAGCCUCCCACAAGAUCGAGAAAGUAUUAUUUCUGAAAGAAUUCUAAGAACAUCUCCCUGAAGAAUGAGAAAACCAAGAGGGCUGGGAGACAGCAUGGUGGUUUCUGCAAAAGACUUUAAUCCCUGGGAUUAAAUCCCAGAUUCAAUCCCCAGCACCACCAUAAACCGGAGAGGGAAACUGGCAAGAAGUUCUUGUGUGUUCAUAGAUGAGAGAGGGGGUUCCUAGAAUUUGAGGGAGAUGGUUUCUCUCCCCCGCAGCAAGUCACUCCUUUCCAUCUGAUGCCGAGUGCUGACUCCUACAGCAAGGAGUGGCUAAAAGCACCAGAUACAUGCAAGUGGGAGAAAGCUUCACUAGGGGUGGAGCAGUGCUGCAGGUUUGGCUUAUGAUACUGCUGGGGACUGAACCUUGACCUGCUUCUUGGGCGGUUUCUUGCCACCUUCACAGCCAGACAUGGCUCCUGCCACCCUCUUCCUCAGAUCCUCCCACCGGAAGCUGCAAGUUCAGUCUUGAUCAUUCCCAACUAGUGCUGGGACUGUGGGAUCAUGUGACAAAUGGCUCAUCUUCAGACCAACAAGGACCUCAUUGCCAAAGGAAUCAAGGAGUUUACUGCUCUGCUGGACCAGCAGGUCUUCUCACAUCCUUUCGUCAGUGAGGAAGACAUGGUGGUCAUAGUGAAGGACUGGAUGGACUUGUAUACCAACUAUUACACAAACCAACUGACGGGGGAGUGUCAAGAGAAGGACAUGGCUCUUCAGGAACUGCGGGAAGGGAUGUUAGCUCUGUCAGAACCUUUCCUCGACAAAUACAGGGAACACAUCAAGUCCUCGUGAGCAUCCUCCCCACCCACUGCUCCCUCGAAGCUAGAGACACUUAAGGCACGUCUCUGUGCUCUUUGAUUCCAUGGGCUCUGUUCCAUGGUGUUACUCUGCCUUGAUGCCUUGACACCUCAAUAAAGACCAACACUGGA